AUGGAAGAGAAUUCAUCUCUGCAAAAUAACGACAUUGGUGAACAUGAAAAAGAGCACGAGGAAACGGGUCAAGAACGUAAAGGGCGUGAAGAUAAAUACGCACAAGACGAGGCGCGCCAACAAGCUCUUCAAGAACUAGAACUUGAAGACCUCGAAAAACGCCUGGAAAGUAUUGACAUCAAUAAUAUAGAAGAACGGGAAAUACUUGAAAAAAAUAUUACCGAAAUAAAGUUAAAACUUCAAGAAUCAAAUGAACGCCGAAGUUUGCGUGAAGAUGAGUUGAGAAGAAGACUUUUAGAACAAGAAAAAGAAAAUGCAGAAAUCGAGGCGAGACUAAGAGCAGCUGAGAUACGAAAAAUAGAGCUUGAAAAUGCUGAGAUCAAAGCAAAACUCGAGGCAGCCACUAAAAGGAGGAUGGAACUAGAGGCGUUACUGAAAGAAGCUAGAGAAAAUCAAGAUAACUAA